GCCUUCCUGUCUACUCAACAUUUACAUAAACCACACCUUUUCACAUACAUUCAAAUGGCGAACAACAAGACAGUGUCGUUCAAGGAGCCGAUCCGGCUGCCAGUGGCCACGACAGGGGAACAGCAGCUGCCUGCAGGACUAGCCAUCGACAAGGCGGUGUUUCUGCGGAAAUUCACAGAGAACGCUCUCCAGCAAGUGAAGGAGGGUAAAAUGGACGAGUACUUCAAGCUCAUCAAGGUGUUCUCGUAUACACGGAAUGCGUCGCCGUUGACUGCGGACAAAUACGCGGAGGAGGUGUCGCCCUGGCUGGCUGCGCUGUCGGAGAAUGUAUCGAGUCUGACCAUCACCUACCGCGACCUGAUCAACACAAUUUUCUUCAGCGACUGGGUGGUCAACCCAGACGAGCGAUUCGUCCACCGGUACGCAACGCUGGUGAUCCAGAUCUUGUCAGCACACCCGGCGUGGGUACCGUACGCGAUGAACUCGAUGGUGCGGUGGUUUUCAUUUGGCAGCCACAAGGGCGAGGAGGGUGCGGGAAUAGUCCACGAGCGUGUUCAUGCGGUCAUCAAAGAGGUGUAUCGGACAAUCCCAACCUGCGGCACCAGUCUGGCUGCGGCCAUUGUGGAAAAGUGCCCUUUCAAGACCGCCAAAAUCAAUGUGCAGGUGGUGUUUUUGCAGAACACGCUGCGGUGCCUCGAGUAUGCAGAAAGCGUCAGAAAGGAUGUGCUGGCGGUGGUGCUUAACCGCGUAAUUCAGAUCGAUGUUGAGGUGCAGGUGGAGCUGGAGGAUUUGGAAGAGGAAGAGGAAGAAAUGCAGCAGAAGCAGGCAGAGCCUGAGGAGGAUGGCGUGUUCGAGUUUGAGGAUGAUGACGUAGAUACGAAGGGUAAUGACGAUGGGGAUGCCCCGUCAGAGUCUGACUCCGGCUCCGACUCGGAUUCGAGUGAUGACGAAGACGAUGAGGACGAGGAGAAUGACCUGGGCAAGGUCAGCUACGAUGCCCGGCCGAUUAUCUCCAAGCUCGACGCAAUGAUGAACGUGCUCUUUGCCUGGCUCGACCGGCACAUAGCGCUGGACCUACAGCAGGGUGCGAUGCCAGAGUCUGCCUCGCGGCUAUUCCUCCUGAUCCUGGAUCUGUUCGACACAAUCAUCCUGCCAACGUUCAAAUCGCGCUACACGCAAUUCUUUGUGUUCUUCCUGUGCGCCAAGGACCCCCAGUACGCCGAUGUGUUCCUGGGCACCAUGAUGGGCAAGGUAGGCGACCCCGUGCGCAAUCUCAACACUGGCCGGGUGUCGAGUGUGGCCAAAGUAGCUGCGGCCUCAUACCUGGGCAGCUUUGUUGCGCGUGCUGCCUUUAUCUCGACGCAGAUCGUCCGGAACGUCAUGGGCGUGCUGGUGCAGUGGGCGAACGCGUACCUCGAUUGGCAGGAGCAGCAGGAGAAGGAUCCGGUGCGGUCGUAUGCCCAGGCGCUGUCUUCCAAGGCAGUGUCGGCCAGCUCGCUGCACGUAGACUUUGAGCGGCAUGCAGUGUUUUACGCUGUGACACAGGCGGUGUUGUACCUGUUCUGCUUCCGCUGGAGAGACCUGGCCACGGCGCAGGACGGCCAGCCGCUGGUCGAGACCGAGCUGGACAGCUUGCGCUGGUGCCCUGAGGUUGAGGGCAUCCAGCGUGUUGUUUUCUCGAAGCUCAACCCGCUGCGUGCCUGCUCUGCUGCCGUCGCCCAGCAGUUUGCUGCUGUGGCCUCGCAGACAAACUUUUUGUUCUGCUACGCGCUAAUCCAGCAGAACAAGCGCAGCACCAAUACCGAAGAGUCCGACGAGCCUGCACGCAACAGCAUCAGCAACUUGCUGCGCAAGGAGCUCGAUACAUUCUUCCCGUUCGACCCUAUGGCCCUGCCCAUCUCGCGCCAGUACAUCGACCCCAUCUACCUCGAGUGGAGGAAUGUUGGCGGUGACGACGACGACGACGAGGACAGUGACGAGGACGGCGAGCCGAUCGAAGGUGCCGGCGACGACGACGAUGACGAGGAGGGCGUUGUUGACCAGAUGAUCGCAAUGUCCAUCUCCCCUGUGCCGCCGCUCGGCGCUGCAUUCCCCUGCUGAGAAGCGAACCAGACCAGCUGUACAAAAGUUUUCAAUCUCAAUACAGGCUAUUUAAACUUGCCUGCUCAUUCUCGAUACAGGCCUGAUGACAAUUCGCUGUGACAAAAAAGAUGCUAUUUGUUGGCAUGAUGCCCAGCUGACACACGUCAUCUCUGCU